CGGCUCCCAGCCGGCCGGAGCCCUAGCGUGCACCUGCGGUAGCGGCCCCAGGUGGCUGGAGCCCGCGUCGCCCUCCCCUGGCUGGGCCGCGGAGUCGCGGCGAGGACUCCGGAGAGCCGGGAGUGGGCCUGAGCCAUGGACUCAGUGGUCUUUGAAGAUGUGAUUGUGGACUUCACACGAGAGGAGUGGACUCUGCUGAAACCUGCUCAGAGGAAGCUCUACAAAGAUGUGAUGCUGGAAACCUUCAGGAACCUUGUCUCAAUAGAUGAUGAGACUCAACUGAAAAUCAAUGGGUCUAUUUCUCAGCAGGAUAGUUUUGGAGAAAAAUUAUCCAAUGAUCAGAAAAUAGCAAGGUUCAUAAAAAAUGAUUCCUGGACCUCCCUUUUUGGAGAAAAUUGGGAAGACCAGUGCAUUGAAGAUAAGUACAACAAUGAGGAGGGACACUUGAAAAGUCAUAUGGUGGAGCGACUCUGUGAAAGUAGCAAAGGUAAUAUGUGUGGAGAAGCCAUCAGCCAUAUUCCAAACCUUAAGCUGUACAAGAAAACUCCUAGUGGAGUAAAACUGUAUGAAUGCAGUCAGUGUGGAAAAGUCUUCAGGCAUCGUUCAUCUCUUAAGAGGCACAAAAGGAGUCACGCUGGAUACAAGCUAUAUCAGUGUGAGGAAUGUGGGAAAGCCUUCAGUUGUUCUUCAUACCUAAGGAAUCAUGUGAAAACUCACAGUGGAGAGAAACCCUAUGCAUGUAAACUUUGUGGAAAAACAUUUAUUCGUUCCCAUUCCCUCACUGGACAUAUAAGGAGUCACACUGGAGAGAAACCUUAUGAAUGUAUGCAAUGUGGGAAAGCCUUCAGUUGUCCUAAAUCCUUUCGAGUACAUGUGAUGAUGCAUAAUGGUGGGAAACCCUAUGAAUGUAAGCAGUGUGGAAAAGGCUUUAGCUGUCCCAAGUCUUUUCGAGUACAUAUGAUCAUGCACACUGGAGAGAAACCCUAUGAAUGUAAGCAGUGUGGGAAAGCCUACUGUUGGCUCACAUCCUUUCAGAGACAUGUGAGAAUUCACAAUGGAGAGAAACCCUAUAAAUGUGAAAAAUGUGGGAAAGCAUUUGGUUGGCCCUCAUCCUUACACAAACAUGUCAGAAUGCACGCUGGAGAAACCUAUAAAUGCAAGCAAUGUGGAAAGGCCUUCGGAUGGUCCUCAUCCUUCCAAAAUGUAAGAAUGCAGACUGGAGAGAAACCCUAUAAGUGUGAUACGUGUGGGAAAGCAUUUGGUUGGUCUUCAUCCUUACACAAGCAUAACAGAAUGCACAAUGGAGAGAAACCCGUAAAUGUAAGCAAUGUGGGAAAACUUUCAGGUGGCCCUCAUCCUUCCAAAAAUGUAAGGAUGCAGAUUAGAGAAAAGCCCUAUAAAUGUGAAAAAUGUGGGAAAGCAUUUGGUUGGUCCUCAUCCUUACAUAAACAUGUCAAGAAACACGGUGGAGAACCCUAUAAUUGUAAGCAGUGCAGGAAGGCCUUCAAAUGGCCCUCAUCCUUCCAAAACCAAAGGAUGCAGACUAGAGAGAAAUCUCAUAAAUGUGAAAAAUGUGGGAAAACUUUUAAUUGUCCCAAAUCCUUUCAUAGUCAUGUGAGAACUCAUAGUCCAAAGAAAACUUAUAAGUAAUGUGAGAAAACCUGAUGCAAAUUAAUUUGUGUAAAACUGUAUGGAAAAUCCACACCAAAAGAGAAAUCUUAUAAAAGUUACAAAGAUGGUAUCUCAUCCUUAAUGUGGACUGCUAGCAAGUGAAUUUCUGUAUCUCUUCAACUAAACAUCAAGAUGAGAAUUCUCAAGUAUUCUAAGUAUAUCUAUAUAUAGUACAUGAAUUUUGAUAUAUUAUGGAUUUUUUCAUUCAUGAAUUCAGGUGAUAUUUCUGUUUCCAUUUUGAAAUGUGAUGCAGCCAUGGGUGACUUGAUGUGUUUUAAAUAUGCAUUAGGUUUAAUUUUAUAUAGUUUUUAAAAUUAUUCGGUAAGUAUGGGGCCUUUAAGCUACUGUAACAUUGGUAUUUGUUUGGAUUUUCUUAUGGGCCCAGUGUGUUCCAAACUGGGUUUCACCUUCCCAUUACAUAUUAUUCCAUCUUAUUAUCUUCCUGAGAGAACCUACAACUUUUAAAGUUGGCACUUCUUUGCUUACACAAGGUAUGUAUUCUCAACACCUUUUUUUUUUUUUUGGCUAGAGGAUCAUUAUUCCAUUUUUCUGGCUUGCAAUUUUGUAAAUAUGUAAGCUGGUAAAAAUUUAUAGGUAUGCAAUGGUCUUGAAAGAGUAUAGUUUCAUUUAAACUAUUAUUUCCAUCUGCUGCUGUAUUGUCCUGGCUUCUGGUUAGGAAGUGGACAACACAUUUGAAUUAAGAAGGGAGACAAUGAGGGGCACCUGGGUGGCUCAGUCAGUUAAGCAUCUGCCUUGGACUCAGGUCAUUAUCCCAGGGUCCUGGGACCAAACCUCACGUGGGGCUCCCUACUCAGUGGGGAGCCAGCUUCUCCCUCUCCCUCUUCCCCUCCCCCUUGCUUGUGCUCUCUCUCAAAUAAAUUUUUUUUUCAAAUAAAUUUUUUUUAAGGAAGAGAGACAAUGAAAUCUAGAGGGGAGAUGGUUCUGUUAGAUAGUGUUCUAUCAACACAGAUAAGGCUAGGAACUACAUUUCCCAGGAUGCCUUCUCUAUAUGGUCCCAUGAUAGAAUUCUGUAAGAGCCUAGCUUGCAUGAGAUUUGGAAGAAACAAUCUUCAGCUUAUUGAGCCACCACCAUGUGAGGAGAUAGACAGAUGCAUAGGGGCUUUGUGGGCACCAUCUCCAGCUUAUUUUCCUGAUUGCUAGUCUUGCUGAUCAAAAGUGUCCUUAAAAUGAACAACUGCAUGACUCCCAUUCUGUCAGAGGGGUAGGCUUUCACAUCCACCCUACCAGCUUUCCCAUCAUGGAUGCACCUCCAUGGUUAGAUGUCUACAGCUUGCAUUUUCCUGAAAGCCCUGUACUGUACUGAUUAGGACAUCAUGGCUGUUGCUCUUAUCUAAUAUGUUCUGACCUCUCUUCUCUGGAUCGUAAGAUAUUCAUAUCACAUCUGAUUUGUAUGGUGAACAGCUCAUCCUCUUAAUAUUUCUCAUGCUUCUAUGUUUCUGAUUCUACUAGAACAGAUGCAGUGUUGCAUCAAUAACAACAUAUGGGACUGUGUUUCCCUCCAGCAUCAUUGAGCAGCUACCCCAAACCAGUAUUUCUAUGAAAUAAAUAAGCAUUACUGACAUACUGGGCAGACUAUGUGGGUUUCCUGUUACUCCGCACUGACUACCAUCCCUCAGGGUGUGUUCAAUUAUUAAGAUUGAGCAUGUGUGGUUAGAUACAAUGUGUUUUUUGGUUGAACAAAUGCUGUGUUUCUGAAAAAUAUUCUAUUAAUUGUUUUCAUAUGAGUUAUGUACUUUAUAUGUUUCUGAGAAAUCUUAUUAACUAUGUUUUCAAAUGUAUACUAAUAAAUGUCAAUCUCUUUAAUUUACUGAAAA